CGAGGAUUCUUCCUCAGUGACAUGUAUGCUCAGAGAAAAGAGAAGUGGCAUAUGUGAACUGGGAUUUCUUGUUUUUCUUGUUUCAUCUUGCCAGCGAGCAAGGGGAGACGCAGGGUCUUUCUCCUCAAAUGCAGCCUACGCCAUAUUUUGCAAUUAAUCACGGGCUGCCUGCUUGAAAUUGCAGGAAGUGCUGUUCCGUCCGUUGAUUGUCAGUUGUUGCAUUCUACAACUUGCACCUAUUGACAUGACUGCAGGAAGAGCAUCUUGUACCAUCAGCUUGCAACUAGUUGAGCUAGUUUGAUCCUUCCUCCUCGAAUGUGUGCAGGAGCUUGGAGCUUCGGUGAGAAGCAGCCUGUGGUUGAUGUGCUGCAGCAACUGCCUACGGAAUUGUGGCUGCUCAAGGUCGAGGCAAGUGCUGAGCAUUGCAAAUGUCACCAUGUGGAACUAUGAGAAAGUAGACACGUGCAUGGGUCUCGAAUGUAGAUAGCAACUUUGGCUCAAAGAUCUCCUGGAUCAAGAUCCUUUCAUCGCUUCCUGCAUUUCCUAACAUGAGGUUCUCAUCUCUUGUGCUUGUCCUGGCACUCACGUGCAUGCAAGCCCAGAGCCAGGAUCCAGUGAAGCAACUUCGUGGAGCAAAGGAACCCGACCUGCCGGCCGACUCUAAGCAGGAGACAGCUGCGGAAAGCCCAGCCAAUGAUCCAGCAGAGAAGCCAGCGAACCCAGACGACACUGGAGUUGCAAAGGAGGUUGAGACCGAAACCCCGGAGAGUCAGGCUCCAGAGCAGGGCGAGACAGAUCCUGCUGAAGCCGACGUUGGAGUUCCGACAAAGGAGAUUCCAGCAAAGCCAAGUGGGAAGGAUCAUGCCGAUCCGCAUGACACUCGUGUUCCAGCAAAGGAAGAUGCGGAGGAGCCACUAGAUGGUGAAUGGGAGGUUGAUUCCAUGAGGGAAGGCCCAGAGCCAAUGGAAUGGGAGUGGGUUCCUUAUGGCUACGUCAUGGAAGGCCCUCCUGAGUCCUGGGAAGGUGAGGAGGGUGAUUGGGAUGAUGAUGAGAUGGAGCCACAGGAGAUGGCCACAUCAGGUCGAGAUGCGAGAUCCUUUGUUGCCUGGGGCGGCCGUCGCUGGGGCCACCGCGGCUGGGGCGGCCGUCGCUGGGGCCGUGGUUGGGGCCGUGGCUGGGGCGGCCGUGGCUGGGGCCGUGGCUGGGGCGGCCGUCGCUGGGGUCGUGGCUGGGGCCACCGUGGCUGGCGAUGAUUCGCUGAUGAGUGGCGAGUGACAGUUGCGAACACAGCCACAAGAGCCAUUAGGUGUUGCUGAUGCAACUUUUGAUGCACCUCGGUGCGAAUUUGAUACUUUUGGUUUCCCUGGUACUGUAGGCAGCGCGAGUGCUUUCACAGCUCAAGCCUUGCACGUGCCUGCGUUUAUUGGCAUCUCAAUGUAAAGAAGGUCCCGAGGAUUCUUCCUCAGUGACAUGU